ACUGUUGCCAGCUGCUGUGGUACCGGCGCUGAGCUUAUUCGCACCAUCGGCCUUUGCCGCCUUUGCUCGUCGAAGUCUAUUUAUUCAGGGUUGACCUGGGCCUGCUGACCGCACGGGAAUUGAGGCCUGACCCCACUCCGGCUCUCAGAAACCUUUUGCUGCUAAUCUCGCAAGUCUUGGAGUCUUUAAAUCUAUUCCCGCUGUGAAAUGUUAUCGUAAAAAAAUGCAAGGACGAGGGCAUGAAAAUGUUGAUGUUCUCAUCGGACCUGCCGGUGCCCAUGCUAACCUUGGGUAUUUUCUAAAUAAAUGUGGAAAGGAGCAAGCUCCAAACGUUUUUGUUCUCGUCGCCCACUAUGAUUUCGAAGGCAGUGCCAAGCCUUGGCUUCGGGAGGGAAAUGACAAGGAUGUGAAGAACCUGCAGCAAACUUUUGAAGCAAGAAACUGUAAAUUCCACGAUUUGUCACCGCGAAAAGAUGAACUGCUGGCUUUACUUGCUAAUAAAAAUGAGCUGAAGAAAACUUUUGGUGCUAGCGACUCAGAUCCGUCUGUCUUCGUUUUUAUCAUUCUGUCGCACGGUGGACAAGGUGGAAAGAUUUACACCGACAAAAAAAAGAUCGAUCCUAAACCAGGUGAUUGCGAGUAUGAAACAUUUAGCACCAAGGAUUUGUUUGGAGCUCUAGAAAACACAUUUCCAAAAUGCUUGAAUCUGCUAUUCCUUGGGCCCUGCAGAGGUGAACUAUUGACAUAUCAUGUAGAUGCAAAACCUUCACACACAAAUGAAACUGAACUUAUAAAAUACUCUAGCAAAGUUACGGUCGAGCCGAAUUUGCACAACUGGAUAAUAUUCUACUCAACUGUUGACGAAACAAAUUCGAGCAGAGAUCCCAACAAUGGGACUGUUUUUGUUCAGUGUUUGUGCAAUCAACUUAACCUGAUGAAGGAUGAUGAGAGCAUUGUAAAAUUCGCUACAGGCAUGCAAAACAGAAUACAUGAAUGGGUUAUAAAAAACCCUAAUUUUGUAACUGGAAGAAUUGACGAGCAGACCAUGGAAUCUAAAUUUUAUCCUCAGGACAGAUUUUUUAACUUUUCUGCAUUACAAAAACGUGAUUUGGCGUCAUCAGCCAAUGGCGGCGCAGGCGACCAACAGGCGAUUGACUUUGAUUGGAUGAAUCCGCAGUUAAAAUCCGUAUUCAGAGGAAGGCUUGCUGCAAUAUUUCAUUACGAAAGCAAGAAAAAUAAGAAGAUUGAAGGAUUACAGUCAACCCUUGUUGAAAAUCUUGGAUUUGAAACUAAAUAUGUUCCAUUAGUUGAGCAGAAUGUCGAUGAAUACUUCAAUGAAUUGAAAGGAAAAUCAUGGAGCGAUUACGGAUGUUUCGCAGCUUUCUUUUUUGCAAAGAUCACCGAGCAAAACAAUGAAAUUUAUAUAAAAUUGAACGGAAAUAAGACAAAGCCCAUCGGUAAGUUGAUCCACUCGCUGCUUGGACCUCAUGAGUCAAAUGAUUGGAAGGGAAAACCAAAGCUGUUUAUUCUGGUUGAUGUUGAGCAGCCUAUUCAGUUGGUUCAAGAUGGAAAACCGAAAAUGCCCGACAUCGAAGCGAUUGUUAAGUUCCGUGAUGCGACCCCUCACAGUGGCUGGAUGGUUUUCAUUCUCCGAAACGAAGGUCUUUUAGAUAGCCUUUUUGAGAUUUUUGAGAGAGAAGAAAUAAAAGGCGAAAGGAGUCUUCAAGAAUGCCUGAGUGAUCUGUUUGUUUGUCAGGAGAGGAAAGCGCAACCCGAAACGAUGUUUGUUACUACUUUGCCGCACUUGCUACAUUUCCGGCGUACCUUCGUUAAACCACGCUUAAAAAUAACUCUUGACAAAAUGAUAAUACAAAACGCGGAGUAUGAAAAACUCAUUGAAAAUGCCAAGAACCUAGAGGACAACCGGAUUUGGAUCCUUUCGGGACUUCCAGGCUCAGGAAAGACAACUGUGCUCAGUGAAGUUCGCCUUGAACUUUGUAGGAGCAAAAGUGACGUCAGGGUUUUCAAAGUACACCUUGUACAAGACGUCUUAAAUCAUCUUUCAACUAAAAUAGAUGCAUCCUCCACAACCGCUGUCAUAUCAUUGGCAACAGGAGUUAGAAAGGAAGAAAUUGAUAAUUUAGUGAAGAUCAAGAAGGACAGAAUCAUUCUAAUGUUUGACGGGUUUGACGAGAUUGCUGAUGCCGAUUCAAGGGAUGUGGUGUUGAAUUUUCUACUGCAAGUUAUCGAACUUGAGGUUCCAAUUUGGAUUUCUACGCGAUCGCAAGAAAAAGAGGCCAUUAUUGAGAAAAUUGGAGCGAGCAAGAAGGUAUGCAGAGCCACGAUUCGGUCUCUAAAGAAAGAUCAGCAAAUUGAGCUCAUGAGACUUAAAUCAAAAAUACACGAUGAUACAGAACUCAAACGUCUGCUCGACCUUUUUGAAUAUCAUCAAACGAGUGAUAUUUUAAGCAAUCCACUUCAUUUGACAAUGAUCUUAGAGUUAGGUGAUUCGAUUUUGAAAAAUGACUCUUUGUUCACCAUAUAUGACAAAAUUUUCAACAAGAAAAUUCAUGGAGCGCUUGAAUUGGAAUAUACAAAAACUGGGCAAAUAUACAAGAACCAAUACAACAAAUGUAUUGAGGAAAUGCAAGACAUUGCAUUGAAAUUCUUGAUCAAGACGAAACCGAAUGCUAGAGGGAAUAACAGAAAAUGGUUAAAAGGUCUUAGAAACUUUUUUUGGAUUUCAAUGAUGACAUUCAUGGCCCGUAUGUCAUUUAUUAUUAAUAUUAUUUUGCGACCUUUCAAUCUUCCUCAAGAUAUCAGGUGGAGGACGAUUGGCGAUCCAGGUGAACAAUCGCGUGCACAAGCGAUAAAGAGGAUCCAAGCAUUGCCCAGAACUGGAAUUCUCACGCAUCACAAUGGGCUUAUUGUGUUUGGGCAUAGGACUUUUGCCGAGUUUCUCUGUGCUCAACAUUAUGUCACUGUCCUUGGAGAAAAUAAUCUACACACUAUGCCUUUCGAUUUAUUUCAAGAUGGAUUCCGGCAAGUUAGAUCAUUUGUUGAAAUCAAAAUUUCUGACGAGAAAAAAUAUUCUAUCUACUCAAAGAAUCUCACAACUAUUUUGAGUGAAAGUUUUACAAAAAAAAACGUGUCCAUUAUCAUUGAUGAAAACCUCGCGACCAUGCUCUCCAUCGUUAACGACCACAUUAUUGGCAGCAAAAAGUACCAAUUGAGGUCUGCUGACUGUGUUGAAAUAUUGAAAAAAUCUUGUGCGGUCAAUCAAGAUUUCGCGUCGGAAGUAUUGAGUGUGGUCUCGGUUGAAGAUGUGGGCUUGGAUGAUGUAAGGAACAUGUUGAACAGUGCAAUCAAGAAAAAUUUUAUGGUUCUCUUUUCAAACCUCGUGGACAAAUUUACUGCUUUAAAUAGCUUCAGUGGGGAAUAUUGCAAGAAUGUUGAUUUCAGAAAUGCUGUUGCGAAUGCAUCAGAAGAAAAUCACCACCAGAUGCUAAAAAGUUUGAUUGAACAUAAAGUACUGAUCGCUGAAGAUGGAAUAGAAGCACUCGAGUGUGCAGUCAAGAAAAACAGCGUCGAGUCCGUAGAGCUUCUUGUGCAGCUAGGCGUUCCUACUACCUGUAUUAAAUUUAAUGAGGGUAUGGAUAUAUUGCAGCUAAGGACGGUCAAGGCGCUUCUAGAGACUCAAACCGAGCAAGGCGGAAUAUUGGCAAAAAGAAUUUUUGAGCAUGUCUUAAAGCGAGGAAGUAUUGAGGUGGCCCAGUAUUUGCAGGGAAGUCACCGAGUCCUAGAGACCACAGACUUCCACAAUAGUCAGAGUGCUCUUCAUGUAGCAGCUGCGUUGGGGAAAGAAUUUCAAACACACGCUGUGCAAAUGUGUCAGUGGCUGGAAAAAUGGAACAUGAAAGGCAGAGAUAAGGAUAGUAGAGGAUGGACCAGUUUACAUUAUGCAGCUCGAGCAGGGAAUUUGGAAUUGAUGAAGCACUUUCUCACAAAUGAUCCUGCGCUCAUUGAAUCUGUCAACGAUUAUGGCCAGACCAUUCUCCAUUUUGCUGCUAUGGCUCCAUUCGAUGAAGAAAUUUUUCAAUACCUUCAUGGCCUAGAUCCUAAAAUGAUAAAAAAAACUGAUGAAUCUAAAAAAACAGCGCUUCAUGUAGCAGCGCACAAAGGAAAUUUCGGUUGGUUCGAAUGGCUCGUGGAAAAUGGAGCUGAUUUGGACGCAUUUGAUAAUAAAGGCAGCAAUGCGCUCCAUCGUGUCAUUCUCGCGUGGCAUGGCGAAGCCACAAAAAUACUUGACUAUUUGCUGUUGAAAAAGCCCGAAUUUUUCGAGAAGAAAAGGAGUGAUAAAAACUUGGAAACGGUAUCUCAUCUCGCUGUUAAAGUAAACAACAACAAACAAAAAAUUGAAUGGCUGAUAGAAAAGAAAUUGGAUAAACACGACGUGGACAACAGGGGUUGGAACUAUUUACACCUUGCAUCAGAUCUCGGGAACAUUGCAGUUUUGAAGUUGAUUAUGGAGAAAAGACCACAACUAAUUCAAUCGUUGACAAGUGAUGGCGAGAACGCAAUGCACUUGUUAGUGGCCGUGGAUUAUAAGGUCAAGAAAAUUAAGUAUCAAUUAAUAAUUGAUACUUUAAAGCACCUUCAUCGGUUAAAUGAAAAGCUUAUCAAGCAGAAAACACUGAAAAACAAAACUGUUGUCCAUUAUGCAGUACAAAGGGACAACAAGGAAAUUUUGGAAUGGUUAGUGGAUCUUAUGAAUCUUGAUGUGGACGCUGAGGAUGACGACGGAUGGAACACUCUGCACUUCGCGGCCGCCAGUGAUAGAGAGGAUUAUGAAGUAAUGGAUUAUUUAACUAGUAAAAAUCAUGAACUGAUUCAGAAAUCGACCAAGACAUUGGAAACAACGUUGCACAUCGCAGCUAUGAACAGACGCAUCAAAACAUUUACGUGGCUUAUCAAGAGUGGCGUUGAUCCCGAGCUAAGAAACUUGGAUGGAAAAACCGCGUUGGAUGUUGCUCAUCCGGAUGAUGUUGAAAAAUUGCGGCAAAUUUUGGUUAGUGGCCAAAUAUAAGAAGCAACAGUUGAUUCGUUGAUUCAUAUGCCCCACAGUGUUGAAGAAUUUAAAAUACGUGCUGAGAGGGGUUAUAUUUUUAAGUUACUUACAUGUAUUUAUCUUAUAAGGUUAUCUAAUUGAAUAAAAAUAUAAAUUUAUUGAAUAAUUAUUUCAUCUGUUUAAUACAAAUCUAAAGUUGAUCGUGUUGAGUUUGAGCCUUGAUAGACUUCCUGGAGCUCAGGCGGUACCUAUAGCGUCAGUUUUAAUCAAAUAUUUUUACAGAGGCCCAGAACUGACUCAAAAGUCUCAGUCAAUUGGAAACGGAUUUUACUCUUCAGAAAUUUUCACGCAGAUAAUGACAUUUUGA